CUGUCUCUUAUGAGGACAGGAAAGGAACAGUCACUCCCACACUUCAACAAGAAACAAGACAGGCAGUCAGAACAGAACUAUGCUGUGGUGUCACCCUUUAACUCUCUCUCCUACACACUAGGACCUCGAGCGGACAGCAGGAGCUUAAACAGACAGCAGCUGUCCAGACAUCUACUGAAUUUGUUCAAAUUAACAAGGACAUGAAGGAGACAGACUUGUCAUCUGGAGAGUAUGUUGAGCAGAGGGAGGCUCUUGAUGAGUUACGUCUGGAUGAAGUGGCGCAAAAAGGGAAGUGGUCCACCAAACCAACUCUGACUGAACGGGUGAAAGACUCGCUGAGGUGUUCGGUACCCAGGCUGAAGCUAAUACUUUUGAGGUGGAUUCCCAUUCUCGGAUGGUUGCCUCGCUACUCUUUCAGAGAAAAUGCCUUAGGUGACCUGAUAUCUGGCUGCAGUGUGGGCAUCAUGCAUCUGCCACAGGGUAUGGCAUAUGCUCUUCUGGCUUCCUUACGUCCAGUGUUUGGCCUUUACACCUCCCUCUACCCAGUGCUAGUCUACACCAUCUUUGGUACUUCCAGGCACAUUUCUAUAGGAACAUUUGCUGUGGUCAGCAUCAUGGUUGGGAGUGUGACAGAAAGACUGGCGCCAGACAGUGACUUUCAAGGAAAUGUGACUAACGGGACAGGAAGUAUAGACAUUGACAAAAGAGAUGAAUACAGAGUACAGAUAGCUUGCUCCCUUACAGUGUUGGCAGGAAUCUUUCAGAUCUUGUUGGGCAUCGUGAAGUUUGGUUUUGUGGUUACCUACCUCUCUGAGCCACUUGUUCGAGGCUACAUGACAGGAUCAGCAUGUCACGUGUGUGUCUCUCAGCUAAAGUACCUGUUUGGAGUCACACCAGGUCGCUUCACUGGUCCUCUCGCUCUCAUUUAUACUCUGGUGGAUAUCUGCAAACUGCUGCCUCAGACUAAGGUGCCAGAGCUGGUGGUCAGUCUGGUGGCACUUGCUGUUCUCAUUGUGGUCAAAGAAGUCAAUGAAUGCUACAAAAAGAAGCUGCUGAUGCCGAUCCCCAUAGAGCUUAUAGUUAUAAUAGCAGCAACAAUUAUCAGUCACUUCUGUGAACUCCGCAGUAUGUACGACAUUGAUGUGGUUGGAGAGAUUCCCAGUGGGCUCAAAGCCCCUCGUGCCCCAGAUGUCACUUUGUUCUCAGAGUUUAUAGGUGAUGCCUUUGCUCUGGCCAUCGUGGGAUAUGCCAUCAACAUUUCCCUGGGCAAAACUUUGGCUCUCAAAUACGGCUACAAGGUGGAUAGCAACCAGGAGCUGGUUGCUUUGGGUCUAAGUAACUCUGUUGGUGGAAUCUUCCAGUGUUACUCAGUGACUUCAUCUUUGUCUCGGAGUCUUGUCCAGGAGAGCACAGGGGGAAAGACACAAAUUGCAGGUGUGAUCUCCUCUGUUAUUGUCCUGAUCACAGUUUUGAAAAUAGGUUCCCUCUUUGAGGCUCUUCCCAAGGCUGUAUUAUCCACAAUAGUGUUUGUGAAUUUGAAAGGAAUGUUUAAGCAAUUCACAGAUGUGCCCUCACUGUGGAAAACCAACAAAGUUGACUUGCUUGUGUGGCUGGUAACCUUCAUGAGCACCGUCCUGCUCAACCUGGACCUGGGUCUGGCUGUCUCCAUUAUCUUUUCUAUACUUACUGUCAUCUUCAGAACACAACUACCUCGCUACUCUAUCUUGGGCAAUGUACCAGAUACUGAGCUGUAUCUGGACGUAGACAUCUACAGAGAGGCUAAAGAGAUUCCAGGAAUUAAAAUCUUCCGCUCAUCAGAAACCAUCUACUACACAAAUGCUGAGAUGUACUUGGAGGUCCUUCAAGAAAAGAGUGGGAUUGAUCUCGGGAAGCUGCAAAUGGCAAAGAAGAAACGGGAGGCAAAGCAGAAGCGUAAACAACGAAAAGCGGAAAAGAAAGCCAAACAUGAGGCAAAGAAACAAAAAAAAAUCUCCAUUCACCCGUCCAAUGGCACAAACACAUUGAAGGAUUUAGACCUGAAUGAAGGGAACAUUUCUGCAGCAACAAUGGAGAUGAGCAUUGAAAAUGGCGUAGCUUUAAACUUGACUGAAUCAGCUACAAACAGCCCUACAACAGGCAAAGUAAACAUGGCUUACCAAAUUGAAACAAACAAAUCAGACUCACAAUCAAAUACGGGCAACCAUGUUUAUGGCCGUGUGGCCAAAGCUUCACAUCACGGUGAUGAAGAAGCAGGAAUGACCUGCAGAUCAGACACGCACAGCAUCAUCCUGGACAUUUCUACAACCAGCUUUGUGGACACAGUCGCUGUGAAGACCUUGAAAAAUAUUUUCAGGGACUUUGGAGAGGUUGAUGUGGACAUCCAUCUAUCUGGUUGCCAAGUCUGUGUGGUGGAGCAGCUGGAAAGGGCAAACUUCUUCUCAGAGUCCAUCCCGAAGAGCAAGCUCUUUGUCUCAGUUCAUGAUGCAGUACUUCAUAUUCUCAAAAAACACAUGCUAACAGACUUCAAGCUCGCUGUUUCUUGUGAUACCCACAUGUGACCAACAGGGGUCACAUUGUUUCAAAUCAAGCUAUUUUCCCUCUCCUCCUCCUCUCAGGCAGCAGCCUGUUCCAUUGCACACUAUUGGUCACCAAUGUCUCCUCCUCUUUCAGUGGGGGAAAAUGCACCACCUUAACAUGGCGGCUGGCUGCCAUGGGAAUAGGGAGCCGUUGCUGUGGCAACAGGCUUUUUAUGAUAUGGUCUAAUGAGAUGGCCAGAAAUACGUCAUUGCAGUUAUCUCACUUUGUGGUGUGUGUGAGACAGGGAAGGGGCGGGAGUGGGAGAAUGUAACACUGGACUAAUAGGAGUCUGUAUUUAUAGCUGUAUGAGAGUGAAUAAAAGGCUGGGUACAAGAGGAAUUUCAUAUGAGAGGUUGUUUUUUUUGGUCAGGCCCAACAUGCACCUGUACAUUUUAUCAGUCUGCACUUGAAG